GGGUUUAAGCCAAGCUUGUGUGGGUGGUUUUCAGAGGGUUUUUGGCCAUCUCAGAAACAAAGAGAGAGAUUGGGAGGAGAGAGAAAAUUGAAGGUAGCGUCCCAAAACCACGUUUGUUUUCCGAGAAAACGAUUAGGAAAAAAAUGGGGUAGAUAGAAAGUUCGGAUAGAGAGAGAGAGAGAGUGUGUGUGUGUCGUGAUCGGUGCGAAUUCUGAUUCUCUUGGGAUCUGUUGUUCUUUGAAUUCUAUCGGACAUAUCUCCGAUCUUACAUGCGCCUGAAAAUUCUAUGCAAUUUCGCUUGAGAGCUUCGUAUUUUUUAGGGGAAGAUGUUAUCUGAACGGUGAAAAUCAGCGGCAACAGGGUUUGUCAUUCUUGCAAUGCCCAAGUUUUGCUGAUUGGCUGUUGUUGAGUGCUCUGGGCUUCCAUGAAACAUAUUUAAGAAUGCUGGUGUUUUGCAUUUGUUGAAUUUUUGGUAUGAUCUCUGAGAUAUGGUGUUGCAGAACAGGUUAGACUAUGGAUUUAAUGGCUAUCAGGUGCCUCCCAUACCUCGAGGUACCAGAUCGGCUAGGAGGAGGAGAGCAAUUAGUAAGAAAGUUGAUGACCGUCAAAUGUGUGCAUUUGAUUUAUUGGCUACCGUAGCUGGCAAGUUGUUGUUGGAGGGAGAAAGUUCUCCUAGCUCUAGUAAUUCAUUAACUGGCACAAUUGUGAAAGGUUCUAUUAAGAAAGAGCAGCAGGAUGAAGAUAUCCCUUCAAAAGUAGAACCUUGUGGCCAGGGAAGCUGUGAUAGGAGCUCUUUUGUUUCUGAGCUUGUCUCUCAAACUCUUGUUCUACAUCAUAGUUCAAAGGAAUUUUCACAUGUUCAUAAUGAUGAUUGUUCGGGAGUUGCAUCUGUAAUAACUUCUGAUUGCUCAGAGAAAGUUGGUUCUGCUGAAAAGUUGGUCAGUGGAAAAGGCAAGAUUCAACUUGGAAGCUUCGCCAGCAAAGUAGAAGUGGCUUCCUCUGGCUACCAGGAGCCUUGUGAUUGUACAUUAGAGGAUGAAAAUAAGAAUAAGAAACAGAUAAAAAUAGAGCCACCAAAGACUGGUAAGGCAUCAAAUAAUACCAAGGCUGAUAUGUGCAGUUCCGAUGAUCCGGCAGUUAUGAACAGGAAACCUCCUACUCCAGUUAGUCUAGACAAUAGCGUGAAGUUGCCUUUGUGCACUGAUUACAUUCCUAGUGGUUCUUUCCCUGCAUGUCGGGAUGAUGUAAAGUUAGUUAUUAGAGAUGAUGACGAAAACUCUUCUGGGUGCACUCAACCUAGCACAGCAACAAAGGCCUUCAGGCCACCGCCACGCAUUGGUAAGCGUAGAAUAAGGAAGUUAUUGGCAUCCAAAUACUGGAAGGUAACUCCAAAAUUGAAGGAUGAGGAUCAUUUUAAUGCUGAUUCAGAAACAAGGUCUGUCUACCACAAUAGGAAGAUAGGUUACAAACGCAAACGGUCUCUAACAGAUUAUCCUAUCAAAAAGAGGAUAUUUUAUGACCAUAGCUCAGUAUCAAAUUCUGAUGGAGGGAUUAGUAGUGAGGGCAUAUCUAGUUCACCUAGGAAGGGGCUUAGUUGUGAUGCUUCUGGUUCAGGUGCAACAAUUCACGGAGCUUCUGGGACAUCAGCUUGUGUAGCAGUGCAACACCCACCGUUCCAGUCCCGGGAUUCCCAUGUGAAGGUUAGGAUCACGUCUUUCAAGGUUCCAGAGCUUUUUAUUGAGAUGCCCGAAACUGCAACAGUUGGUUCUCUAAAGAGAUCAGUUAUGGAUGCUGUGACUGCUAUACUUGGGGGUGGACUUCGAGUCGGUGUGCUUCUUCAGGGGAAGAAGAUUAGAGAUGAAAAUAAAACUCUACUGCAGACUGGAAUAUCUCGUGAUAACAAGCUUGAUGCUCUGGGUUUCUCCCUAGAGCCUAACCCUUCGCAAGCUGCUCCACCUCUGUGUCAUGAAGAUCAUACCUUUCUACUUGCUUGUGAUACACCUCAGCCAUUAACAAGGUACCCACCUGCGCCUAGUGUAGUACAUAAUGUAGUUGAACAGAGUACUGCUGAUGCCUCACCAGAUCCUCCAUUGACAAAUGUGGGCAACUUUGUUGAUAGCGAUCAUGAUUCAGCACCCUCUCCUCCUGACAUGUCAAUAGACAAAAGCCCAACAGAUUCCAGGGCAUUGGUUGCCGUUCCAGCAAUGAAUGUUGAGGCAUUGUCUGUUGUUCCCAUGAGGAAAUCAAAGCGAUCUGAGGCUGUUCAGCGUAGAAUUCGUCGACCUUUCUCUGUUUCUGAAGUGGAAGCACUGGUUCAAGCUGUUGAGAAGCUAGGAACUGGAAGAUGGCGUGAUGUUAAACUUCGAGCUUUUGAUAAUGCAAAGCAUCGAACUUAUGUAGAUUUGAAGGACAAGUGGAAAACACUGGUGCACACGGCAAGAAUAUCUCCCCAGCAAAGGAGGGGUGAGCCUGUGCCCCAGGAGCUCUUGGACAGGGUCCUCGCUGCCCAUGCUUACUGGUCCCAGCAGCAAGCCAAGCAACAGCUCAAACAACAGUUGGAGACUUGCCUCCUUUGAAAAACUUCACCAGACUCAGCUCGCAGCACACGCUGAAGAAGCAAUAGGUUUGAUUGUGGUUUAAAGAAGGUGCUCUCUAGUUUAUUUUUUUUUCGUUAGUAUUAUGAUAUGAUAUUAUGUAAAAAGUAACGACAAGGGGGAAGAAUAGUUAUUGUAAUAUUUUCCAAGCUCUUGCGCCGAUUCUUUUCCCUGCAUGCAGAGAGAGGUCGGUGCUUGUAAAUGUUUGACAGAAUAAGAGCUUUGCUAACGGAUUCAAUUUUUUUGGUGCCAACAUGUUGGCAUUUUCUUGUUCAUUUGAUUUCUUGUUUGGGUGGUUGGAAAAGCAAAAGUAGAAAACAUGGGAGUUGAAGUUCAUUUGUUGUACUUGUAGAUUGGUAGUGUGAUUGUAAUCUUCUAUUUAAUGCUAAUGCUUGUUUAGCAUCAAUAUUAUGAAUUUGUUGACUCCCUAAGCUUUGUAUUCUUUUCUAAUCGACUU